CAAACACACGCUCUCACUCUCAUUCACACUCACACAGAAGAAAUGAUUUCUUUACUCUCUCCUCCUUAUUCUUCUCCAGUGCUUGCUUGCACUCUGCAGUGAAUAAUUAACAUUUUGACUUACAUCAGUAUCCCAUCACUCCGUGGGUGGAUCUCAAAACAGUCUCUCCUGAUCAGUGGGUGUGGCAAAGGGAGAGUGAGGAGCGAGAAGAAAAGAAUGAGAGCAGAGAAGUUGUUGGUUUGUUUCUAUAUCAUGUUACUUAUACGGAUACAAUCGUGGUCCUCUUUGCUGCCAAUCUCAUACUCAGCAACUGUUAGAUACCUUCCUGGGUUUCAGGGCCCUCUACCCUUUGAAAUGGAAACUGGGUACGUGGGGGUAGGGGAGUCGGAGUAUGUGCAGCUGUUUUACUACUUUAUAAAGUCGUCGUCGGAGAAUCCAGAGGAAGACCCUCUUCUGCUUUGGCUCACGGGCGGCCCUGGUUGCUCCGCUUUAUCUGGCCUUUUAUAUGAGAUUGGCCCACUUCAUUUUGUGGUAAAGGAGUACAACGGCAGUCUACCCAAUCUCGUUGUGAAUAUACAGUCAUGGACCCAGAUGGCGAGCAUAAUCUUUGUAGACUCGCCAGUUGGGACUGGAUUUUCUUACUCCACAAGCUCCCAAGGAUAUCAGACAGGCGACUUCAAAGCAUCUAAAGACCUUUACCAAUUCCUUACUAAGUGGAUGAUUGACCACCCAGAGUUUCUCGAGAAUCACUUCUAUGUUGCUGGAGAUUCAUAUUCUGGCAAGAUCGUGCCGCUUGUUGCUAAAGAAAUAUCUGAUGGCAAUGAAGCUGGUAGUGAACUGUUUAUCAAUCUUAAAGGAUAUAUACUGGGCAACCCUGUAACAGAUCCAGUUUUUGACAGCAACAAAUUAGUGCCAUUUGCUCAUGGGAUGGGUCUUAUAUCAAAUGAACUUUAUGAGUCAUUGAAGCGAAGUUGUGGAGAGAACUAUAUACAAAUAGAUCCCAGCAAUGUACAGUGUUUGAAGGAUAUACAGUCAUACGAUCAGUGUAUUUUAGGUAUAAACUCUGCACAAAUUUUGGAGCCAUUGUGUCCUUUUGCAUCCCCAAAACCCCAAGAAGUAGUCGGAGAUAGAAGAAGAUCUCUUAUUAGGCAGAAUUAUACUGAUGAUCCACAACCCCCUAUUCCUGCUCUUGGCUGCAGGACCUAUGCUUAUUAUUUAGCACCGUUUUGGGCGAACGACGAUAGUGUUCGUAAGGCUCUCCACAUCCGGCAGGGAACUAUUGAUAAAUGGCAAAGGUGCCGCAAUAUGCUACCUUAUUCAUAUGAAAUCCAUAGUAGCAUCCAAUAUCAUCUAUAUCUCAGUGAAAAAGGUUAUCCGUCUUUAAUAUACAGUGGUGAUCAUGACAUGUUAGUACCAUUCUUGGCCACGGAAGCAUGGAUUAAAUCUCUCAACUACUCAAUCAUUAAUGAAUGGAGGUCAUGGAUCGUUGAAGGCCAAAUAGGCGGAUAUACCAGGACUUAUGCCAACCACAUGACAUUCGCCACAGUAAAGGGAGGAGGGCAUACAGCUCCAGAGUACAAGCCUAAGGAGUGCUUUGCUAUGUUCAAGCGAUGGAUUUCUAAACAACCUCUAUAGCUUCCAUAAUAGGUUACAGAGCUCCAAAUCUACUGCACAACUUUGCUAAGUCAAAAAAUGUUGGUGAUCAUAGAUCGUUGUGCUUUCACUUGAAGUCUAUUGUACUUUGUACAUGUAAUGUCUUAGAAUACUUCAUUCUCGUUAUAUUGGAACCCAUCACAAAUAAAAUGCAUGUGUUUGAUCAAUGUAAAUUGUUGUUCUAAUG